CAAGGACUCAGGCAAAUGAGCGGGGCGCCCACAGAUAUAAAGGCCUGUGGGUGGUCUGCCCGCUGCUUCCACUUAGCUGGCCAGAAUGGAGGGCAGCCCGAAACAGCCGUGCCUGCAGAGGGGGCCCCGGGAGGUGGGGGACAGCCAGGCCCUCGCCAAGCUGCAGGAACUGGCCCUGACAUGGUUCACGGAGACACAGGCACCCUUCAUCCUGCAGGAUGGAGCCCUGCCCCCGUGGUUUCACGGAUUUAUCACCCGCAAACGGAGCAGCUACUUGGGGACAAAGCUCUCGGCUCCUUCCUCAUCCGCCUCAGCGACCGGGCUACUGGCUACAUCUUGUCCUACAGGGGCAGCGACCGCUGUCGGCACUUCGUCAUCAACCAGCAGCGGGACCGGCGCUACCUGGUCUCGGGGGACACGCACAGCCACGGCACCCUGGCUGACCUCGUACGCCAUUACCAGGAGGUGCAGCUGGAGCCCUUUGGGGAGACCCUGUCUGCUGCCUGCCCGCGGCCGGAGGACAAUGAUCUAUAUGAUGCUAUCACCCUGGGCCUCCACCACACCCAUCUGGGCCCGGAUAACCCAGCCGUCACAGUUUCGCCAGCAGCGGUCCUGGACGAGGCUGCCAGCCCCUGCCCCUGCCCCAAGCCACAGGUCUCCUUCCUCCAAACCAAGAAGAGCCGCGAUGCAAGUUCCUGCAGCUUCUUGGAGGAGGGGGGCGUGGCGGUCCCCGGGAAGGUGCCUCCCCUCCCUGAGAGGAGUGCCUCCCUUCUGGACGAGUCCUUUGGAAGCCCCAACAACAGUAUCUACUCAGACCCGAGGAAGCUGAACCAGGCACAGCUAGGCCUGGGCCCAGAGGCGUCCGGCAGACCCAGGCCAGCUCCAGGGGGCAGCCAGCCCAGCUCCCCAGGCAAGGAGUCCCUCAAGAGACUCUCGGCUGGAGGUCAGAACAGGCCUGAUGGCCUGGGGCCUGCCUUCUCUGGGGUGAGUCCUGAGCAGGGUCCCACAGGGCCUCCCACAGCCCAGGGCCACCUUCUGCCCCCCGCUUCUGAGGCCCUGGGAUCCUCCGCCACCCCCUGGAGCCAGGCAUCUCCAAAGCUGAGCCACAGGGCUCAGCCCGGCUCCCAGGGCACUUCUGCAGACACUUAUCAGCUCCUGCAGACAGAAGGUCCCCUGUCAGAGCCCGGGGACGAGCCAGACCAAGAAGGCAGUGCCUAUGCGGAGGUCCCAGUGUGCUGGGGGGGCUCACCCAGGCCCCCAUGUCCCAGGACCAGUCCUCCAACUAGCAGGCCACCAGGAUCCACAGACCAUGGCUACAAGAGACUCUCAGGGGCCCCAAAGCUCCCUGAGCCCGGGAACACCUAUGAACAAAUCCCAGCAGCCAGGAGCAAGGAGACUGGACGGACACACAAGCCCGACAAGCUCUGGAGGCUCCUCUUCACCGACAAGAAGCACAAGUCCUGAGCGCCGAGCUUCCUUCUAGCAGCUCACUGGUGGGCUUCCCCGGCCCCUCACUCUCCCCCGAGAGGAGUGGGGGGGUGUCAGGGCCGGAGAGGCGGGGGGCUGACCACAGGCAGGGCAGCACCCCAUCUCC